AUGUUUUUUUGGGGCAGCUACAACUUUCAGGAGCCGCAGUUGUCGGAGAACCCCGACCGGCCGCCCCUGCGCUACCCCGGGUAUCUACCACCCUCCCUCGCCGUGCUGCGCCGCAGCGCACCUGCGAACCAAAACGCGACGGCCGCCUCUUCCUCUCUCCAGUCAGAUGCCGCAUCGGUGCAGGAAGCGCUUCGGAGCAUCACAGCACUGCGCAUGCAAGUCCACCAUAUCGCGUGCGGCGCGAAACACCUUGUCGCGGCCGUGAGCCUUGUGCCAGCCGUAGAAGCGGCACCCGCAGGCCACAGUGAGGCUGUGAUUGCACUUUAUGGUAUGGGAAACAACGAGUACGGUCAGCUUGGUCAUCAUGUGGCGAACUACGCAACCACGCUGACGCAUCUGCGCCUCGAGGACUUGAUGGAGGGCACCGUCGUCAGCGUCGCCUGUGGGGCUCGGCACACAAUCGUCUGCACCUCGACUGGCUGCGUGUACGUUACCGGUGACAACUCGUUCCACCAGCUGGGACUGCCUGGGCAAAUGGUGAAGCCGCUGCCGCGGGGCGGCACGUAUGCGCCAAGCUUCACCCAGCUCAAAAGCCUUGCGCAUGUGAAGGCGGUGUACGCCAGCGGCAACGCAUCCUUCGCACUCGACCGGCGCGGCCAGGUGUACUCGUGGGGUGAGUCCAAGUACGGCCACCUCGGGCACAACGACAACGGAGAGCGGCUCGACACGCAAACUCUCAAGACCGUCUCGAUAGACGUUGCCACGCCGCAGCUGGUGCGCUGGUUCGAACGCCACCGCAUCUCGAUUGUCGAGGUGGCUGUAGGGAGGUCGCACAUGGUCUGUCGUAGUGAGGAGGAUGUCUACACGUGCGGCGAGCCCUUUUUCGGGAAGCUUGGGCAAGGCGACAUCGACCCACGUCUCGAGCCAACGCGCGUGAAGUUCCCGCCGCGUAAGCAAGUGGAGCGGUUACUGAACAUCGCGGCCGGUGAUGACCACACUCUUGUUCUCAAGGAAAACCCGCUUAUCGGUACCGUCGUGUACUUCUUCGGCAAGCUCAACAACGGAGAUGGGCAGCUGCAGCCUACUAUUGUGCAGUUGCCAACAACUGCAGUGCGGUCGGUGAUGGCCGGCCGCGGCACCUUCUGCGCCGCCAUCACACAGGAGGGCCAGCUCUACGUCUGGGGGAAGCACGCUUACACGAAGGUGUACAACGGCACAAGCGCGGCGGCGUCACGCACGCAGCCCAGCAAAGUGCAUCUGCUUGAGUCGUACUCGAUUGGCGGGGCGGUGUCAGGGGGCACGUUUAUGGUCGCCUACGCCGCUGCAGGGACUUUUGUGCGGCCUGUGUCCGACCCCGCCGCAGCGGGUAGCGGAAAGGUCGAGGUGAAGGAGGAAAGCGGCACAGUGAGUGCGGAGGCCGUUGCGGCGACAACGGCGGCGCGCAGCUGGGACGUCGUCGUCCCGCACGACGCUCGUGUCGGUCGCAAUGGCCUCGGCGAUCCCGAGGAAGAUUACGAGGAGGGUCUCCGCGCUCUUCUGCGACAGUACCUAGGCCCCGCCUUGGGGAAUGCCUACGUGGCGCAGCUUCCGGCAGCACCCCCGCGCACUGCUGCCCCAGUGUAUCAGUUCGACCACAUCGCUGUCAAGGACUUAAGUCGUGGGCAGAAGGUGCGGCUGUGGAUGACGAACAUCUACGCUCUUGGCACAAUCGUCGACGAGCUUGCUGAUCAGCCGCCAGGUGCGUCUUCCAGCCAGGCGUGCGAGGCAUCCACCUCCAGCGACGCCGCCGCCACGGUCGCCCCCAGCGCACCCUUUCAGCAUAAUAAGGGAAGCCAGGCGGGUGCUCCGACGCAGUCAGGCGCGGCGGCCGAGGAGGAUGACGAUAACCACUCCCCGUCAUCGCUCAAGGGGAAGCGAGUGAAGGUGGAGUGGCAGCGCGACGACUGGGACGACGAGGUGGUCACGCUCUACUCCGAGGACGAAACGCUCAACGAGGAGAACGUGAACCGUUGGCAGCCGUUCUGGUUUGAGCAGAAUCCCGACGGCGAGUACGUGGUUCCCAAGAGUAAGUGA